UGGUUUAUUCUAAUACCGAAACGUCCAACCCGGAAAAAAAAAAAAAAAAAGGCAAGUCUUCUGUAACCCGAUCACACAAACAAAUAGAGGAUAGUGUGAGGGCGUCGUGCACGCCGGUUCAUCUGUAAAAGUGUAGUCUGUAAAAGUUGUUUAAAAGUUCCUCUGAGGAUGAUUGUCGCCGCCGAGGCAGGCUCUGCGCUCUCCACUUGGUUUCGGGGCGCUGGCUGUGGCGCACUCUGACUCUCCACAGCGGAUCUGGAGAGUAGUGUGUAAUUUUCGGCUGUGGUGGAGGGCCUCAGCUCAGCCUCGGGCUUUCAGCUUUUGCAGCUCAGCCUCAAUCACGUCACAUGAAAAACUGCUGAGUGCGAUGAUUAUGUGAUAGUGGCAGCGAUGCCGUAUCUGGACCGCUUGAACCGUGUGUGCGGCUUCCUGGACAUCGAGGAGAAGGAGAACAGCUGCCGCUUCCAGAGGCGAUAUUUCAUCCUCGACACGCAGGGGAAUGUCCUGCAAUGGUACAUGGACAAUCCACAGAACCUGGCCAGCGGAGCCAGCUUUGUUGGCAGCCUGAGAUUAACCUACAUCUCUAAGGUGAGUGAAGCCACCGCAAAGCAAAAGCCGAAGACCGAAUUCUGCUUCGUCAUCAAUGCAGUUUCACGGCGGUACUUCCUUCAAGCCAAUGAUGCAGUCGACAUGAGGGACUGGGUGGAUGCUCUCAACAAGGCCAGCAAGAUCACCGUUCCUAAAUCCUGCCCUGCGCCUCCCAAAUCUGAUGCUAGCGCCGUGAUCAGCGACUCACAGGUGGGGAGGAAACAGCAGGCCUAUAAGACGGAGAUCAUUGGAGGCGUGGUGGUCCACACGCCAAUCCAGAAUGAAACCGAAGAGACGGAGGGGAAGGAGAAGAAGGGAAACAGGCCUGGUGUGCUGAGAUGUGGUUUCUGUGUCAAACAAGGAAAUGUGAGGAAGAGCUGGAAGAGGCGUUUUUUCACCCUGGAUGACAACGCAGUCAGCUACUACAAGUCUGACACGGACAAAGAGCCUCUCCGCGGUAUUCCACUCAGAGACAUUCAGAAGGUCCACGAAUGUCUCGUCAAGUCGGGGGACCUUUUGUUAAGAGACAAUCUAUUUGAGAUCAUCACCCACUCCCGAACUUUCUACAUCCAGACAGACACCCCAGAGGAGAUGCAUGGUUGGAUCAGGGAUAUCGACAUGAAAAUUCGGGAAUUCAGAGGACAUCCACGGGGACAUCAGUUUAAGCGAAUGUCGUCUCUCCAUCAAAAGCACAAUCCCAGCGGUGCCUCUCGUCACCAGAGUAACGAGGCGCGGCCCCAGCUGGUCAAGUCCUGCUCUGUGGCUCCAGGCUGGCAGCCCUGGACCCCCGUUCCUCCGGGCGAGCCGUCCAUCAUGGACAUGGAGGACGAAGACAGCCCGUUCAGUCCUGUCCCCACUCUGCCUUCUCUCUCCUCCUCGUCCACUUCCUCGUCCACCUCGUCCUCUUCCAACUCCCUGUCCACCCCAACCCCGUGCCCCAGUGCGUCCCAGGUGCCGUCGACCAGCGGGCUGGGGAUGCUCACGGCGUCGGCAGACGCUGCUAGCGGCCGGCGACGGCACCGCUCGCAGCCUCAGCCUCACUCCUCCUUCCCCUUCAGCCUGGAUGACGACGGCAUCCGCACAACAGACGUGUAACGCUGAGCGGUCUGUGCAGACUCUGGUGUGGACUAACAUGUUGGUACCUUCUUUAAGUGAUGAAUGUGACUGAUAAUGGUAGUAUUCCCUGCUAAUGAAGAGACAAUGCGUCUACGGCAGCGGUGCCCAAAGUCGGUCCUGGAGGGCCGGCAUCCUGCAUGUUUCAGGUCUCUCCCUGGUUUAACGCACCUGGAUCC